CACAACCUAGGGGCUGACCCAGAGGGAACCAGGGGAGGGGUUCUGCCAUCAGGGGAAACAGUUUUCCAGGCAGAGGGAGCUGCUGAAGCAAAGACCCUGAUGGGAGACCUGGCUCUGACAAGUUCAAUAAGGAACAGAAGGAAGGUCGCUGUGGCCAGAGCUGCGUGGGCAGAAGGUGAGAAUGGUGGGAUGAGACCAGGAGGGACGUUCAGGGACAGCAGGAGUCAAGGGCCUUCCAAGCCAUUCUAAGAGUUGAGAUUUUAUUUUGGUCUCAAUAUAAUAGGAAGUUACGGAAGGAAGGCACAAAAUGGCUGUUUUGCUAAAGCUCUUUUGUCAAGGCCUUCAAAGCUCGCCUCCGAUGAAAUCUUGCGAAGAUCUAGGUAGGUGAGGGAUGUGUGAAUGUGGGCAGACAGUGUUAAGGAGAAAAAAUAGGGGUCAGACCCAGUUGCUGCAAGUCACAGCCAGAACCCCUUGCUGAGCAGGACAAAAGUGGUCAUAGAGUAAACCCCUGAAAUUAUACACUAAUUCUGUGUGUGUGCAUGCCUUAUUUUAGGGAGUAACCCAGAGUUUUCCAGACUCAGAAGAGUCUGCCACCAAAAAAGGCCAGAAAAGGAGAAUAUUGACCUGUAUGCCUGAUACACACGUGCUGCCUCAGUAAGGACCUGUGCACGAUGCCCUGCAGAGGAGAGUGGGGGGCAGGGCAGGAUGGGAAACUUCACUGAGUACCAUGUGCUUUACCUAUUUUUAAAAGUCCACUUCAGUGUAAAGGACUGAAGCUGGAGAGGAAUGGAUGGGUGGGGAAGAAGGUGCCAAAGCCUUGGUGUGGCCUGGGAGGGGCAGAGACACAUACAGGCUGAUCCUAACUUGACUCUCCCACCCCCAGCCUGUGCACACAUGCCUCACGCCUAGAGCAGUCUCACCCUGAGUCCUCAGAGGGCUCGGCUGCCCAGUGAGCACCACCUGCACUGUUCUGGGAGAGUGACAGAAACAGCUCUCCCAAAGAUGCCCUUUGGUCAGGUCACUGAAGCCACUGUCCUCUGUCCAUGCCCCAGGCUCCUCAGAAUCCCACACCUUCAAAGAGAGAAUCCUGGACCCCCUGAGCACCCCACUGAGUCCCCCAGGAGCUCUUGGCUCAGAUCCAAGCACACUUCAACUCCCAACGGCUUGGUUGGUCAUUUUGCUUUGAAUAGAAGUUCCCCGGUUCUGCCUGGGUUUGUGCCCGGCCCUAGCCUGGCGAAUGGAAGCUGAGAUGGGGCUGUUUUUCUCGAAUUCUCUCCAACAUCUCGGCUUGGAUAUGCUUUGCCUGCCCACAAAUAGGUCUGGCCGGGCCUUCAGGACCCAGCUGUUCUCAGCCAUCAGCCAGGGGUAGGAACCAGCCACCCUCGGGUAUUCUGAUCCCUGGUAAUCUGGGGCCACAAGUCAGGGAGUGGAGUCAGCCGCUGAUGAAAGGUCCCUGGCAGGAUGCAGAGCAGGCUAGGGCCUCCUGGCUCACACUUGAGGAGGGUACGAGGGUGGCUAUGUGCAGGUCAGUUAAACCCCAGAGCUCCUGUCCUGCUGCGGAACAGUUGAGAUCUUUCCACACCCUCCUGAGGCCUCUGGACCACAUGGGAACCGGCACAGCCACUUCCACUCACAAAGCCAAACAGAAUGUUCCUGCCCCUUCUUCUAACUCCAGAAUAAGUACAUAAUAACAUCAACCAGUAUUUUGUGGGGAGUCACUGUGGCAGGGCCCGAUUCAGUGAAGACUCCAUGUGUCUCACCUCCCUAAAAGUCCCGCAGAACCUUUAGGUGGUGGCACAAGGAGGUCCCCUUGGCCCGUAGCCAACCAGGGAGCUGCAGUGCGAACCCAGGCAGCCUGGGCACACCAUGCCGGCAGCUGGUCGCAAAUGAAAACAAAGUGAUCUGCAGAGGAACCCUACAACCUCGCACCAAAUCGUAUCCAGUCCUCAGCCUGGUAGCCAGAGAACAAAAGCACGGGUCCUUGACGGUUCCACACACUGAGCUCAGAGUGUGCAGUGUGGGGCGCCUACCAGCUCUGAAAUAAGGGGACAGCCUGUACUUCUCCAGCCUUCCAGGCUCCCAAAUCUGCUCAUCACUUUGGAUGACGGUGUCCAUCAGUCCGUCCUGCAGGGGUGCUAGGAGCUGGAAAUCCUGGCUGACCCUCCAAACCUCUUCCCUACCCUGGGCACAGGGCAGGUGUGUGGGAGGUGCCUGGCUGGGAGGCGGGAGACUGGAGGGAGGCCUGGCUGCCUGGCUUAGUGCUUGGGGUCUCCUGCUUCAUUUCUCUCAUCUGAUACAUGGACUAUCUACCAACGCAUCCUCACUUUAUGAGGUUUGGGUGAUGAAUCUGAAAACUCUGUGGAGACUGUGAGGCCCAGGGCGAGUUCACGAAUUUAGGGGUGUGGUGUGUCUCUUAGCCUCUCUCUGCUUGCGUUUCGCAGCCUCUGAGGCGGGACAGGAUGCAGGGAGAGGACAGAGGCCGAACUGGGCAUCACCAACACUCCAUCCCCUGCCUCUGGCCAGUGGCCUCCAGUGGAAGGGACCCUUCCCGCAGGUGGAAGAAAGCAAGACCAAUCAGGUGUGAGAGCCUUCCAGUGGCCAGAUUGAGGCGCAGAUACCGAGGAGGGCUGAGGAGGAGCUCAGAUAUGUUUUUCUCCUGACACCUGCCCUGGAGCUCAGUCCUCAAGGCUUCAAAGGAAGAGUCUCAGGGCCCAGAUAAGGCAACUCAGUCGUCAAACACAGUCAUCGCUUGGGCACUAGGUACCCGAGAGAGGAGAAAAGCAAGCUGCAAACUGCUCAAGGCAGAAGGCCUGCUGCCCAUGUUAGGACCACAGGGGCGUGGAGCCUGCUGGCCAUGGGCACAGGGAGCAGGCCCAGGGAGGCCAGAGUGGGAAGGCCUUGGAGCCUGGCUGAAGUCCGCACUGACCAGGUGGCCGCUGAGCAGAGACCAGGAAGGGCAGUGGUCACCUGAGAGCCCUGGAAAUCCCCUGGGACAAUGGCACCUCCGACUCUAGGUGCACCCAUGCAUCUGUGUGUGGGGGAACCCUGAGGCUGCGGGAGCUGAGUUGCCUCCCGCCCGUAGCAAGCCUCCACCCUCCUGGCUCUGCCUUUCUGUCCUCAACAUGUUCAGCCUCCCCUCUUGUUCUGCGACACCUGCUGGCCCCAUGCACCCUCUUCUCCCCCCAGAGUGCUUUCGCCACUCUCGGAGCUUGCUUACGGCACAGGGCAAAACUUCCUUUUUUGGCGUGUGUCCCCAGUUCUUUUGGACUAAUGUCUCUGUGGCCAUUUCGAAGACUUUUGCUAAGGUUUCCCCUCUGCAUACGCCACACACAAGAGGUGACUGAGAGCCGGCCCUGCAGGUGAAACCCAGAAGUCUAAAGCAAAGCUCCGGCCCUGAGCAAUGGAGAAGCCAGUUACUGACGCAGUGCGCUUGCAGUCCGCGGAGAGCCGCAGGGACUAGCAGAGCUGGGUGCAGCUGGAGGGAGAGAAGACCAGCAGGGCUCCCUGAGAGAGGUGCCAGUGGAGCUGACCUUAAAGAAGGUCGGGUGUGAGGAAGGGGAAGGCGAGAAGGCAUUCUGUGGAGGCUGUGAUCACAGUGUCAGGCUUCUGCAUCGAUCAUCCAUGUAGGAGGCCAGGGGAACUUCAUUAGGUGAUGGCCAUGGAAAGAACGAGAACACAUAACUAUGUGAAGGCCAGAAAGUCAGUCUCUGGGCUCAGAGCCCUGGAUUUCAUAUCUGUGAAAUGACCUGAGGUCUAACUCUGGCUUUGCCAGGAACUGCCACAAGUGCUUCGCCUGUAAAAUGAAGGACUGGGCAAAAUGUCUCUAACGGUCCACACUAUUCUAGAGCAAGGAGAGAAAGGACUCAGGUGACUCUAGGCUUCCGAAGAACAGUCCCAACAACAGGAGGUGAGAAAUCAGGAGAGGAAUCAGGUUUGGGGAGAAGACUUGAGUUUUAAGUAAACAGGCUGGACCCCACCCUGACCCUGCCUUCCACUAGGCUGACUGGGUCUGUCCCACUGCGUCCCCUCCUCUGGGAGCGUGACCCCGCUGGCAGGAAGGUCAGAGCAAGGAAGAGGAACUGGCCUUUGCUCUCUGAGACUUGUCAGCUUCUCCCUCGGUGAAUAAACACCUCUGUUGUCACCCACACGGUCUUUCUGGAAGAGGAGCUGAUGCUGCAGAGUGCUUGAAGGCUGGGGUGGAAUCCCCUAAAGGGACAGUUGAGUUUCCAUCAUCCCAGGGGCACUUGAAGUCCCCAAAUGAGCCGUGGCCUGUGGUCAGAGGGCAAGCCCACACUACCUCCUGCCUCGACUCGCCUUGCCUUCACGUCAUGCCCAGACACUUAUAUUUCUGACUUCAAGGCCUUGGUGUUGCCACCCAUUCCGGGUUUGGGGUGCAUUCCUCCAGCUACGGAUGGACAGACAUAUCUGCAAUCUUGUCAUAGUUUUCAGAUUAGUCCCAUUUUACAGAUAUGAGGAAACUGCAGCACAGAAAGGUGGGAGUCUUCCUCUAAGAUCACGGAGCUGCUCCUGGAGGGAGCCAAGAUUCAAAUCCAGAUCCUAUGACUCACAGAGCGCGCCCACUCCAACCCAGAUGCCUGAGUAGUGUGUUUACUUCCGGUCCCCUCUCCCAGGCCCGGGGCAUCGAGGGAGGAGCGAUGGAGAAGUGGGCGGGCAGGCCUCAGUUGUGUCUGAUGCUGCUUCUGUCCUUCCCUGAGCUCGGCCUGGAUCAGGAGGUGCGCCAGGGACCAGAGGUGUUGUCUGGACACUCUCUUCAGACACUCCCCGAGGAGGGCCAGGGUCCUGAGGGUGUCUGGGGUCCUUGGGAGCAGUGGGCCUCUUGCUCCCAGCCCUGUGGAGUUGGGGUGCAGCGCAGGAGCCGGACAUGUCAGCUCCCUACAGCUCAACUCCACCAGGACCUGCCCUUCCCACCCCGGCCCCCAAGACAUCCAGAAGCCCUGCUCCCCCGGGGUCAGAGCCCCAGACCUCAGACUUCCCGAGGAACCCUCCCCCUGUACAGGCCACAGCCUCGGGGAAGAGGUGGCCCACGUCGAGGUCCUACUUCCCAACUAGGGAGAGCAGAAAUCCGGGAGAUUCCAGGAGCUCGGAGGUCCCGGGUUCGAGACCCCAUCAAGCCAGGAAUGUUUGGUUACGGGAGAGUGCCCUUUGCUUUGCCACUGCAUCGUAACCGCAGGCACCCCCAGAGACUGCCCAGAGCUGAGACCUCCCAGACCUCAGAUCUUCCAUCCCUGACUCCAAGAACAGAACCAUUCUCCACAAACCACACAGCUCAAACUCAGCUCGCUCCUACAGAACUUUCUGCCCGGCCCCCACACCCCCCAGCAGAACCUCCAAGCCCUGAAACUACUCAGACAGAAGUGCCCUCUAGAACGAGGCCUUUCCCCACGCAGCCCCACCCCAGAGCCCAGGCCUCUGGCACAGAGCCUGCCUCGUCCAUCCCCUACCCAGGAGAAAGUAACUCCUUCCAUGUGUCCCCUCAGCCAAGAAUGCCAGAUUCUCAGGGUUCGGCCAGUUUCCAGGUGGCUGAGAGAUACCCUAAUCUUUUCCUUUCUGUCCCUCGGGGCAGAGGCCACCAGAGCCAGGAGCACUGGAAACCUGGGGGGAAUCUCCAUGGGUCCCUCAUGGAGCCUGCCCCCCACUAUCCAGAUGGCUGGCUGCCUCUGCUGAAUGAUGGCCCCCACUCCAGUUCGCUCUGGAGCCUCUUUGCUCCCAAUAGCCCUGUGCCAAGGUGUUCUGGGGAGAGUGAGCAGCUGAGAGCCUGCAGCCAAGCGCCCUGCCCCCCUGAGCAGCCAGACCCCCGGGCCCAGCAGUGUGCCGCCUUUGACUCCCAGGAGUUCAUGGGCCAGCUCUACCAGUGGGAGCCCUUUACCGAAGUUCAGGGCUCCCAACGCUGUGAACUGAACUGCCGUCCCCGUGGCUUCCGUUUCUAUGUCCGUCACACGGAAAAGGUCCAGGAUGGGACCCUGUGUCAGCCUGGAGCGCUAGAUAUCUGCGUGGCUGGACGCUGUCUGAGCCCCGGCUGUGAUGGGAUCCUCGGCUCUGGCAGGCGUCCAGAUGGCUGUGGGGUCUGUGGAGGGGAUGAUUCCACCUGCCACCUCGUCUCAGGGAACCUCACAGACCGGGGGGGCCCUCUGGGCUAUCAGAAGAUCCUGUCAAUUCCUGCCGGAGCCACGCAGCUCCAGAUUGCCCAGCUCCGGCCCAGCUCCAACUAUCUUGCCCUUCGAGGCCCUGGGGGCCAGUCCAUCAUCAAUGGAAAUUGGGCCGUGGAUCCCCCUGGGUCCUACACGGCCAGUGGAACUGUCUUCCUGUACAACCGGCCUUCCCGAGAGGAGGGCAAGGGGGAGAGUCUGUCAGCCAAAGGCCCCACGACCCAGCCUGUGGAUGUCUAUGUGAUCUUUCAGGAGGAGAACCCAGGCAUUUUUUAUCAGUAUAUUAUCUCUUCAGUUCUUCCAGACCUUGGGAGCACCACCCCAGAGCCCCACUUCCCCCAACUCCAGCCAGAGAUUUUGAGGGUGGAGCCCCCACCCGCUUCGAUGCCCCGCCCUGCUCGGACCCCAGGCACCCUCCAGCGUCAGGUGCGGAUCCCCCAGAUGCAUGCUCCACCCCAUCCCAGGACACCCCUGGGGUCUCCAGCUGGAUACUGGAAGCAAGUGGGACACUCGGAGUGUUCAGCAUCCUGUGGAAAAGGUGUUUGGCGCCCCAUCUUCCUCUGCAUUUCUCGUGAGUCAGGGGAGGAGCUGGAUGAACAGAGCUGUGCCAUGGGCGCCAGGCCCCCAGCCCCCCUGGAGCCCUGCCAUGGUCCUCCAUGUCCCCCAUACUGGGAGGCGGGCGAGUGGACGUCCUGCAGCAGCUCUUGUGGCUCGGGCACCCAGCACCGCCAGCUGCGCUGCCGCCAGGAGUUUGGGGGCGGCGGCUCCUCGGUGCCUCCCGAGCGCUGUGGACACCUCCCUCGGCCCAAUGCCACCCAGCCCUGUCAGCUGCGCCUCUGUGGCCACUGGGAGGUUCGCUCCCCCUGGAGCCAGUGCUCAGUGCGGUGCGGGCGGGGCCAGAGGAGCCGGCAGGUUCGCUGUGUGGGGAGCAACGGUGAUGAAGUGAACGAGAGGGAGUGUGCGUCGGGCCCCCCGCGGCCCCCCAGCAGAGAGGCCUGUGACAUGGGGCCCUGUACCACAGCCUGGUUCCACAGCGACUGGAACUCCAAGUGCUCAGCGGAGUGUGGGACAGGAAUCCAGCGACGGUCUGUGGUCUGCCUUGGGAGUGGGGAGUCCCGUGGGGCAGGCCAGGAGGAAGCAGGAGCUGGGAGCACUGAGCAGAGCUGUGCACCGGGAAGCCGUCCCCCGGACAUGCGUGCCUGCAGCUUGGGACCCUGUGAGAUGACGUGGUGCUGGUAUACGGGGCCCUGGGCCGAGUGCUCCUCAGAAUGUGGCUCUGGCACACAGCGUAGAGACAUCAUCUGUGUAUCCAAACUGGGUAUGGAGUUCAACGUGACUUCUCCCAGCAACUGCUCCCACCUGCCUAGGCCCCCUGCCCUGCAGCCCUGUCAGGGGCAGGACUGCUCCGACCGAUGGUUUUCUACGCCCUGGAGUCCGUGCUCUCGCUCCUGCCAGGGGGGUAUUCAGACGAGGGAGGUCCAGUGUCUGACCGCCAACCAGACCCUCAGCGUCCGAUGCCCUCCUCACCUGCGGCCCUCCAGGAAACGACCCUGUAACAGCCAGCCCUGCAGCCAGCGCCCCGAUGAUCAAUGCAAGGACAGCUCUCCACAUUGCCCCCUGGUGGUACAGGCCCGUCUCUGCGUCUAUCCCUACUACACAGCCACCUGUUGCCGCUCUUGUGCCCAUGUCCUGGAGCGUUCUCCCCCAGAGCCUGCCUGAAAUGGGUACAGGAGACCCUCUCCUCAUGGUUUCCUCAUGCCACCAUCAGUCACCCACCCAUCAGCCCACUCUGUACUCUCUGGCUCUCCGGCCUGCCCUAGUCUCAUCAGGGGUGUCCCCUAGGAUGGUUGAAGGUGGCAAAGAUGACUGUCAAGAUAUGUGGCUCUGUGUGUGUGUGUGUGUGUGUGUGUGGUGUGAUGGUCCGUGUGCACACGUGCACCACAUGGGUAUUGGGGGCCUGCAUGGAUGGAUGUGCUCAUACACAUACUAUUUUUCAAAAAAAGAAGUGAAACAGACUGAAGAGGAGUGGAGAGUGGACGAUGCCUGUUUCCCUGAGACUUUUCCAGGCUGAGAGGAAAGCAAGUUUGCAGCUCCUUAGUAAUCCAAACUGCAUAGCACCUGGUCUCCCCAUCAACCUGACUUUGUGCCCUAAACUUCAGUUCUCAUGUUCAGGCCUCACCUCUUCUAAAGCACCAUUUACCAUCUGAUCCCUCCUCCCACACUUAGUCUCUCCAUCCCUACCUCUCAGAAUCAGCUAGGGAUGGGCGUCAGCCACUGCCAGUCCUGCCUUACCCCAGGAAGAGAGACUAUCUCCCCGGAGCAGGGACCAGCUGGGCAGAGGAUGGAAAAAAGAAAAAAAUAGAACAAGACACCCUAGCCCCUGCUUCCACUCCCCACCUCCGAAAAUGGCUCCCCCCCCCCCAGAACUAAUUUAUUUUUUAUUAAAGAUGAUUAUGACAAAUGAGAAA